CCCUCUAGCAUGUAGAGCUGGCCCUGCAUGCCUGCUGUUAAAACAAGUGAUUAUUAAGUAACCGCAGUCUGCUAGAUGCCAAAAAUAAAUGUGUAGAUCUGUGUGCAUCAUCACUGCAGUCUUGCAGGCUUCAUUUGUGUUGCACUAUUUACUUACGUCUUCUCGUUGAGCUUGCCCAGCACCGUAUCCGUGGCUUGAGAGAGUUUAAAACGCAGCCGUUCCUCCAGGUCAGGAAAGUCUCCGAGCGGCGUGUUGGAGAUUUGGACGUUGGAAAGCGCUCGCGACUGCUCCGCCAAGUUCCCGAGAGACCCCAUCAGAGGGCUGCAAUCGGCCAACACACUCUUCCAUACUUUCUGGUUGCUUUCGAGAGUCUGGAAGCUUUUCCUCAGCGCUUGAUGAAGUGACGUUAGCGCAGACAUGGCUCCCAGGAAAAGGACGACCAAACAACGGAAGAUCAACCCCAAAACGAACAAGCUGGAGGCUUUUCUGGAUGAUUUCGACAGUGAAGUGAAGACCAGAGUUGGAUAUAUGAAAGAGAAGAUCAACCAGCUGCUGAAAGAUGUGGACAACAACUACAACAUGGCAAUAAUUAAGCUCCCCAAGGCUGUCAGACAGAUGACCUGGUUGGAGCAUUUCAGGACUGAGAAACCAACAUCCCCAGAAUUGGACAAUAUAAAUAGAGACGAGGAAGCUGCUAUUGUUGAAAGCGUUGUGGCCGAGGACCACGCAGUCCUUCUGAAAUCAGUCAAGAAAACAUCAAAGAAAAAAGGUGGCACCAAAUACAGGUCAGGGGAUGAAAACACCCCGAGCACAACACGGAAGGGGAAAGCAACAAGGAAACCUCCAACUACAUCAAAAAGAGCAAAGGCGCUGGCGGUCGCCAUGCAGAACACCUCGAUCAGACGAUCAAGCAGGAAGGCGUUGGUCACUCCUGCCAGGAGCAUGCUGAACUCUUCUUUGAUGAUGGGCCCCACCCCCCUCAUCACCCCGCGCUUCGACCCAAGGCUGCCUAAGACCCCCGCUGUGAGGAAUCCCCGCCACAAAGAGAGGGUUUACAGCAUUUCAGUCAACGGCUCUCCCAUCGCAGCAGGAAACGAGGACAUCGUCAUCAACCUCCCCAUCGGCAACGGAGAGAGCGUCCAGCUUCUGGCCAGUCAGAUAGACUCUGUGGACUUGUCUCAGCUUGAUGAAACCGCUCUGAAAAGCAUUCGGCUGCUGCAGAAUCGACUCACAACCCUGUGUGCAACAGCAGAGUGACCCGACUUGUACAUUACUUUUUUACUUAUUUUAUUUGUCCUGCAAGCCCUGUAAGACUGUUAACUCUGCAAAUAUGAUUUACUGCUCAUUCUUUGAUUUGUAAGUACACUCUAAUCUUACAUUUUAGUGUGUGUGUGUGUGUGUGUGUGUGUGUGUGUGUGUGAGAGAGAGUGAGAGGGUUUACUGGGGACUGCAAUGUGUUGGUUGAUAAGAGCAAUAAGGCAGCAUUUCUCCAUAGAGGUUUUACUUGUCUGUGCUUUCUCUCCAGUUGUAACCUGUCCUCAGUAUAAAAGCUGUGGACAUUAGACCAAAAUAUUGACGUAAAAGCUGUUUCAAUACUUAUUUCUCCUGCUGAUGAUCACUCACAAUCUUGGUAUUUGCUUUGACACCUUAAUAUGGUUUUACUUCAAUGUACAUCAUUAUAUAUAUUUAUGGGAAACUAAUAAAACGUUGUUGUGCUGCA